AUGGGUCCUAAGCUUUCUGUUGAGAAGCAAGUGAAGCUUCUGAAACCUUUUUCAAAGAAGGAGAUUCGGGAUUCUUUGUUUGGCAUUCCUAUUACCAAAUCUCCAGGACCUGAUGGAUUUGGUUCAGGCUUUUUUAAAGCUAUUUGGCAUGACAUAGGGGAUGAGGUCUGUGCUGCAAUAACUCAGUGUUUUAAAACAGGUCACUUUCCAUCUGAGCUUCAUGAAACAACCUUGUCUCUGAUUCCUAAGGGUUCUAUCUCAGCUGUAAGAAGUGUCAAGGAGGUUCUUGAUGAUUUUGCUGCUGCUACUGGGCUUUCAAUAAACUCUGGUAAAUCUCAUAUUUUUUUUGGUGGAGUCACUAGCAAUGACAGAACUCGGAUUGCCCAAGAAAUUAAUCUGACUGAAGGUACUUUUCCUCUUAAGUACCUUGGGGUUCCCAUGAGGCCUACCAAAUGGAGACAUGAAGAUUAUGAGAGAAGCAAGAUUCACAUCCCCUCUUGGCAGAAGGUUUGCCUCCCCAAAGCCUAUGGUGGACUGGGAUUUAGAGAUGGAGCAAGUUGGAAUCAGACUGUUUUAGCAAAGUAUGUAUGGGCUAUAUCUGCUAAACCAGAUUUGUUAUGGGUUAAAUGGAUCAAUUCCAUUUAUCUGAAAGGAGUCAAUAUUUGGAAUUAUGAACUAAAAGAAGAUUGUAGCUGGUAUUGGUGGAAGCUCUGCCAUCUCAAAGAUCGUUUUAACCCUGCUGCUAUUCUCUCUGCUGGUGUGCAAGGGAAGUUUCAGUCUUCAAAAUUGUAUAACAGCCUUGUAGACCAGCAAAGGGUUGAUUAUUAUCGGACUGUUUGGAGUAAAUUAAUCCUUCCUAAACACAGAUUUAUGCUUUGGCAGGUGGUUAAGUCUCAGCUUUUAACAAGAGACAAUCUCAGUAGGCUGCAUGUUCAUAUGAAUACAUUGAUCUGUCCGGUUUGUGAGAGAUAUCCUGAGAGUCAUUCUCAUCUAUUUUUUGACUGCAUUCUCUCUAAACUGGUUGUUAAAAGUAUCUUUGAAUGGCUGGGGUUCGAUGCUUGGCCUAUUGAAUGUAAUAGCUGGAUGGUGUGGCUGGCUAGAGCUCGGAUUAGAGUUUCAGCUGCUAUUGUGAAUAUGGUUUUUGCUGUUGUUAUAUACAACAUCUGGAGAAAUAAAAAUAGGUGUUUUCAUGAUGGUUAUUCUUUGACUGUUGUGAAUCUAGUACAGGAAGUAAAAUACACAACUAAAUAUAGGCUUUACAUAGUGACCAAUAGGCAGCUGUCUGUUAAAGACCAAGUGUAUAUUCGGAACCUUCAAUGUAAUUAG